AUGCAAAAUGAAUAUUUCAAAUCCUAUUCUGGUACAGAUUACAUUCCUGGAAGACCAGAAUUACCAAUCCUUCUCGACGAUAUGAAACGAAUUCCAACAACUUACAAACAAGCUGGUGUUAGCUUACCAGUGUUUUUACUUCAUAAUAUGGCACACAUUGAAUUGAAUGCCAUUGAUCUAUGCUGGAAUACCAUAGUGAUGGCUCUGCUGCAUCCUAUUCGAUAUAAAUCUGAAUGGGAUAUUACAGAUAACACUUGUUUGGAUUUGUUUGAUUUUAUUAAUGAUUUUAUUAAGGUUGCCAAAGAUGAGGCCAGACACUUUUCUGACCUCUCUCAAAGAUUGGUGGAAUUAUCGAGUUAUUAUGGAGCUGUCACAAGUCAUAAGGCAAUUUGGAGUAUGGCAAGGGAUACUCAAUAUUCUCUUCUAGAAAGAGUUGUGAUUGGAAAUAUGGUUCUCGAAGGAAGAGGUUUAGAUUCUGGGGAAAGACUAAUUUCUAAAAUGAUUGGUUGUGGCGAUAUGAAAUCCUGUGCCAUUGUAAAGACAAUUUGUCACGAAGAGGAGGAUCAUGUUAGAAUUGGAGUCAAGUGGUUUGAUAAGAUGGCUCGAAUUACACAUGCCCUGAUGACCUCACAACAAGAAGAAGACAAUCUUUCCAAGUUAUCAUUUGACGAUUUUCAAACUGAAUUAUUCCAACAAAUAGUUCUAACUAAUUAUGGACCACUUCCUUCUCCUUUUAAUCAUGAUUCGAGAAAGGCUGCCAAUAUGAAAGAAUGUUGGUAUGAAGAUAUUGCCAGGCCUAAAAUUACCAAAACUACUAAAACUACUAAACAUUAA